GUUGCUCGACUUGCUCGCCAGCGCGCGUGCGCUAACGAGCGGUUCAGCUGUUGUGAACAAUGGCGACGUCUCGACGGAUGGUGUGACAUCCCGACAGGCUAGAUGCUCCCGCUGCGCUGCCCGGACGCGGCUGCACGUACACGCGCAUCGGUUCGCGGACGCUAAAGACGGAUCCACGGCACAUAGCCCCGGGUGUCCUGCUUUUUUCUCCCUUUCUCCUCUCUCUUUCCCUCUCUUUCUUUCGCUACGUCUUUGCCGCUCGCGAUGGCUGCGGUGAACGCAAAUGCACUGUCCAGUGACAUAAGCCGUAGGAAUCCCCAGGACGAGUACGAGCUCAUCCAGAGGAUAGGCAGCGGGACCUACGGCGACGUUUACAAGGCUAAACGGCUCUCCAUGAACGAUCUCGCGGCGAUUAAGGUUAUCAAACUGGAGCCAGGUGAUGACUUUGCAAUCAUUCAACAAGAGAUCUUAAUGAUGAAGGACUGCAGGCAUCCAAAUAUUAUAGCAUAUUAUGGCAGUUAUCUAAGGAGAGAUAAGUUGUGGAUAUGUAUGGAGUAUUGUGGAGGUGGAUCAUUGCAGGAUAUAUAUCAUAUAACUGGACCAUUAACAGAAAUACAAAUAGCAUAUAUGUGUCGAGAGACCCUCACUGGUUUAGCUUACUUACAUAGUAUGGGUAAGAUGCAUCGUGAUAUCAAGGGUGCCAAUAUACUCUUGACGGAGGCAGGUGAUGUAAAAUUGGCAGAUUUUGGUGUGUCAGCUCAAAUCACAGCAACAAUUAACAAGAGAAAGAGUUUUAUUGGUACACCUUACUGGAUGGCACCUGAGGUAGCAGCUGUGGAAAGAAAAGGCGGUUAUAAUCAAUUGUGCGAUAUUUGGGCAUGUGGAAUAACCGCAAUUGAAUUAGCAGAAUUGCAGCCGCCAAUGUUUGAUCUACAUCCAAUGCGCGCUCUAUUUCUUAUGUCAAAGUCUGGUUUCAAACCACCGACAUUGAAAGAUCGUGAUAAAUGGAGUCCAACGUUCCAUAACUUUGUCAAAAUUGCCCUUACAAAAAACCCGAAGAAAAGGCCAACUGCAGAGAAGUUGCUUCAGCACGCAUUUUUCCAAGGGGAGAUGAGCAAGAGACUGGCUUUAGAAUUAUUGCAAAAAGUGUCAAAUCCCAGCCAUAUGUUUACGGAUCUGGAGGCCGAUGAAGAUGGGGCAGUACCCAAUGUUCCGCAAAGAAUAGCUUCACGUCACACUGCAAGGCCUAGGCCAAAGAGUCCUAUAUCGCAACUGGAUAGUGACGAUCAAAUCAACAUUGAUGGAGGAACAUUACAUAGAGAUUCCAUAUCGCCAUCUGUGGACAGUAAUCCAGCGUGGGAUAUUAUGGACAUUAUGAAUAAUGUCAAGGCCGUGCAUAAUUGUGAUGUGCAUCCAGACUGUGGAAUUGGAUCUGCGUUUGAAGACGCCCAGGAAAAGAGUCUAUUGCAGUACAUUGAUGAGGAGUUGUUGCUAAGGGGGAAUGCAAUGUCGAUGGUUGGUGGGCAUUGCGACCAGCUAUAUUCCCUGCAAGCUACUCUUCCAUUGGGGGAAUCUUCGAAUGAUUGCGAAGUUCAUUGUCCAUAUUAUAAUGUGUCUGGAUCUCAAGCGAGCCCAAGACGUCAUAGCUCCGUGGACGAAUUGUAUGGUCUCGUCAAUAGUUCUCAGUCUUUAACAGCUGUGAAUGGGCAACGCCAACGAUCAUUAUCGGACAGCGGCCCUAGGGACGAGCCUGCACAAUCAAACGGCGACAACGAGAUAUCGGCCGAUCGAGAUAGGGAAAGUAUGAGUCCCGAUUUACUGUCAGACACGCCGCCUGUCCCUCCACGGAGAAGGGAUCGAAAGAGACACACGCCACCGAGACCCAUAAGUAAUGGAUUGCCUCCCACACCGAAAGUGCACAUGGGAGCAUGUUUCUCGAAGGUAUUUAACGGCUGUCCACUGAGAAUACACUGUACCGCAAGUUGGAUUCAUCCAGACACAAGGGAUCAGCAUUUGCUGAUUGCAGCGGAGGAAGGAAUUUAUAAUUUGAACUUGAAUGAACUCCAUGAAACUGCGAUAGACCAGUUAUAUCCUAGACGUACUAUUUGGAUGUACGUUAUUAAGGAUGUUCUCAUGUCUCUUUCUGGAAAAACGCCUCAGUUAUAUAGGCACGACUUGUUAGCAAUGCUAAGUAAACAGACUCAUAGAUUUUCGUUGCAUAUGAAUAAAAUACCAGAGAGAUUAGUCCCUAGGAAGUUUGCCCUCACUACGAAAGUGCCGGACACAAAGGGAUGUACCACAUGUUGCGUUGGGAGAAACCCAUAUAAUGGGUACAAAUAUUUAUGUGGUGCAAUGCCAGCAGGAAUAUUCUUAAUGCAAUGGUACGAUCCAUUGAACAAAUUUAUGCUUUUAAAACAUUUUGACUGUGUUCUACCGUCCCCUCUAAAUGUCUUUAAAAUGGUUAUCACACCUGAGAUGGAAUAUCCGAUGGUAUGUGUAUCGGUCAAACAGCCAUACCAACAAAACAAAUUAAAGCUGGAUUUAAUUAAUAUGAAUUCGGGAGCAAGUUGGUUCCACAGUGAUGAAUUGGAAGAUAUGGACGGCUCAGCAACUGUUAUACCAAGACGAGAAAAUUUAAACGUUAUUAACGUUACGCAAUUCGAGAAAGAUGUAAUACUCGUUUGUUAUGAUAAUGUGGUGAAAAUGGUAACUUUACAAGGGAAACCGCGUGUUAGCAAAAAGCAGUUGUCAGAGCUGCAGUUUAAUUUUCAAAUCGAAUCUAUCAUUUGUCUACCUGAUAGUGUAUUGGCAUUCCACAAACAUGGUAUGCAAGGUAGAAGUUUCAAGAAUGGCGAAGUUACACAAGAGAUUAGUGAUCCAAGUAGAACUUAUAGGCUACUUGGCUCAGAUAAGGUUGUGAUGUUGGAGAGUCAUCUGGUCCACAGUGGUACAUUGACUGAAUCGGAAGGCGCAGAUUUGUACAUUCUUGCUGGACACGAGGCCAGCUAUUAAGCAUUGACUCUGAAAUAUCGAGCACGCGACCACAUGCUACAUGAUGGCUCGCAUGAUUUGUGAUUGAAUUGCAUGUAACAUGGAACGGCUACAAGAAUGGUGAGAUUAAAACAUGCGGAGGUGAAAACUUUAUAAUUAAUUAUCCCGCCGUGAAUACGUGUGCGACUGGUACAACCAGCGUGCAAUUUAAACGUCGCGAUAGUCGUUGUCUCUCCGUGUAGCCGAUAUCGCAUAGACUGGUAGUUAAUCGCGAUAAUUUUUAUUUAACGAGUGUCUUAGGGCUAGGCAGUAUUUGCAUUAGAUACAAGUGAAGCCAUAAUGAGGAGGAAUAGCGAAUUUAGUAAAAGGAUAGACAGUAUGCAAAAUUAUCCUUAUGCCUGAUCAAAUAAAGCUUAUGAUAAUCGCACUAUUUCGAAUGGUAUCGAAUAAAGGCGAUUUACUAGUAUAUUUAGCUAUAUGUAUAAACUACGCUCUUACAAAUUAUAAAAUUAUAAAGAGAGAUCUAAAAUAAAAUCUCGGGAUGUCUAAGAAGCUAUGAAAAUGAAAGAAAAGCCGCAUCAAGUGGUCCAAAGUAAUCAAUCGACGUAUAUUAAUGAUAAUAUAACUAUGUGAUAUUUUUCUUCAAAUUCAUCUUUCUAUAAUCUCUACAACGACAUAUAGCAAAUAAAAACAGAACAAUCAAUUUCCGAGAUUUUGAUUUUAUUUUAAAUAUUUUUUGGUAGUAAAUAAAUUUUAAUGACUUUACAAGAGCGUAUUUUAUGGAAAAUAUUCUCCGUGCUUUUUCGACAUUUUGAUAGUAAAAUUAGCUAGCAUAUCAUCUUACCGCAAGAGAAUCGUUGCAUUGCAUUGCUUUGAAUGCGCGAAAGUAACAAAGCUCUUGUAGUGUUGUACAAAUGAUAUAUUUCCAGUUUUUCUCUUUCUAGAACUUUCUGAACUUAUAUUUAAUAGCUUUUAGCCUUCGAGAACCGAAUUAAUUAUAAUAGUGUUUAAUAGAGUAAGAUUUUAACGUGUUUGUAUUUUUAACGAUUAUGGGAUUAUUAGACGAGACGAUAUUUAUAUUCUUACAAGAGAUCGCGUAGUUUUCGAAGGUUAAAACGUUAUCGCUGCAUUCGGAUGGGAAUAUCUCCUAUAAUUUUAUGUAUAAAAGAUAAAAUUGGAGAUUGAAAACGAAAUACGUAUAAUAUUUUUAUUCAAUUUUAUUUAAAUAUUUUACAAAAAUCUUUUGCUUUUUACCGUUCUUAACUGAAAGAAUCCAAAAAAAGGAAUCUUUUGAAUCUUCCAUGUUGAGAAAAAAAUUAUUCACGAUUUAUUAGAAGCAUGACGCCUUCUUAUAUUUUCUUUCAGAAACAACAGAUCAUAGAAGAAACGACAACGAUAUAUAAGGAAAGUAGAUAAUUAAUGUAUAGCGGUAUAAAAACAUUUUUGAAGAAUUCCAUAGAAACGAAUAUAUUUCCCACAGAAAAAAAUUAUAUAAUAUUGUGUAUACAUGUAUACACAGUACAAAAUUCUCUCGUAUUAAUGUCACAUCCUCGAUGUGUGUAUCAAACUUAUACUACUCAAGCUUCAUUUUAUCAGGCAUGGGAUCACCUCGAAGGUAUCUUUAUUAAGACACUAUGUUCAUCAGUGUCUCUAAUUUUGGACGAUUGUAAAUAAAAAACACGGCCAAUAUUUGCGCGACGACAACGAUUGUGGGUGUUUACCUAUCUUGAGAACAUUUGUCUGCGCAUUUGUUAUAGCGUUUUGCUUGCUACGCAACGUUAAUGCGAUUGCAAUAACGACGAUACAUUUUUGCGAUUAUUAACAGCUUGAUUUGCUCGCGAUGGCAAUCUAUAAUUGAUUUACGUUAUUUUAUGAAGUAAUGCUCGGCACAGCGUGAAUUUCUCAUCGAGUUAUAGUAGUGCUUUAAUGAAGCGUUAUUGUGAUAUAUGCGACAAGAAGGAGUACUCAAGCAAAACAGAAUAACGAGAUGAUCAUUUUUUUCAUCUGUGAUUUGGUAUCAAAGUCCAAUUUUUGCAAUUUUUAUUGUUCGAGUACUCUUUCUAUAAAUCAGUCAUAUAUAACUGCGUCAGAGAGCACAAUGCGUAAAUCUGUUUUUUUUUUUAGCCGCUCUUUAUAUCCGGUAAUUUUUUGUGAUGACUAUAUGACCGUGUGUAUAUAUAUAUAUAUAUAUAUAUAUAUAUAUAUAUAUAUGUAUGUGUGUGAAGCGACAAGCGGAAUAACUUUCAUGUGAUCGGUCUUAAGACUGGGAGAAAUGCAUUUCUUCGUUUUACAAUAGAAUUUUUUUUAAUAUUUUGAAAAGAAAAAAUACGUAGGAUUUAAGCAUGAUGAAAGACAGUCGUUCGUUUUACGUUUUGUAAAAUUUUUAACUUGAUUUGAUUGAUUUUCAACGUCAUUUAAUUUAAUUUAACGAAACUUUAUUUGCUUGCGUAAUUUUGAAUAUUUCCGAUUAUUUGUUGCCGAGGUCCAUAACCAAUCUCAUAAUUCGACACUUGUAGAUUGACAAUAUUGAAAACAUUCCUUUUCUUAUCUGGAAUAUUUGACCAAUUAUAAAUCAUAAUCACUAAUAGCACUAUUAAUUGUUAUUAAAUACACAGAUUAUUUCGUCGUUAUCUUAUUAUAGUGCCGCUGUAAUACUUAUAUUUUCUUGCAGGAUCAAUGCUGGAAUUUAAUAAUGCUUUCUAAUAUCUAUUUAUUAGAAGGAUUUAAUUGUGCAAUGAUUUAUUCAAUUAUAUCUUGAUAACGCAAGCAAAUAACGCGCAAAUAAAAAUUAGCUUGUAAAAUAAUUAAUAUGAAAAAAUGUUCCGACAAAAUUGAGCGUUAAUGUAUUAAAAUCAAAUGAUCGUAUAUCUAGUUGUAAGAAGAUCAGAAGUUUUUUCAAAAAUUAGCCUUGUGAGAUUACAUAAGGUAUAUGUACUUUAUUUGAUUUACAAACUAAAGUCCCAGACACAAUGAACGGAAUAGAGAGAAUAUGAAAUAAUCAACAAUUCAAUAUGUUGAACAAAGAAUGCUUUAUAUGUUUUCCUUAUUUAACGUAUUGAACUGUUCCUUAUUUCCCGUUGCUAUUGUCUAUACUUUUCAUUGUGCAAUAGGCUUAAUGCUCGGCAUAGGUUGCAUAUAUGAGGCACAUUUAUUUUAAAAAUAUAAAUAUAAUAUCUAGCACUUUUUCCAAUUUCUGCCGUCAAGAUCUUGCAAGUUAAUAUCUUUAAUUUGCAUAUUUUAAGCGAUAUGUAAAUUGAAUUGUAAAGAAUCGUCAAAGUAAAAUGUAUAAUUAUUCGCGAAUGUUAAACUAUUUUAAUAUUUUAUAUGGACAUUUGCUCUUGUACUAGAAAGAGUAGAUUGCUGAAGAAAGUACUAUAUCAAAAAAACCAAACUUAAUAUAUUAGCGAAAUUAUGCGAGAAUCCGUGAAUUUUGUUGUUUUUACUAAGUCGCUUUGUGGCGGAAAUAGGUGUUUAGACCUUUGUUCAAAACAGUACAGUUUACCCUGAUAAUAUUAUGCUUUACAUUUACGGCAAAGAAAAUUCAAACCUUCAUAACGUUCUCUAGAAGGAUUUAAAGAUAACUUUCUCAGUCACAUGCUUGCGGAUGAAAAAAAACUCCAUUUUGCUGGCAGUUCAUUAGCACAUGAUCGGUAAUUUAUUCUAUUUAAUUAAGUAAAAAUAACGUGAAUACAAUGCAGAUGCGAAAACGCGGAAACCCAUUCGUAAUACAUAAUUGUAAUCGUUGCUCUUAAUGCAAUCAAACACCAAGUCAAUCAUUUAAUCAAAUUCUGCGCUGACUACACGUUAUUCACAUAUACUAAAUAUAGAACGUGCUAUGUGUCUUCCCGUACAUAUUUGCAAAUAACACAUCGUAUGCUAGACAUGUUAAAUGUAUUCGCAAUAUUAGCAACGUAUUUGAUAGUGUCCGUCGAUUUAUCUAGCAACCCAGCUUUGUUAAUAUUAAGAAAAUUAUUCGAGCGAAUUAAUGCAUGAAGCAUGAAUUUUUUUUGCAACAAGAUAAUCUCUAAUUUUUUUUGCGACGUUCUCAAAUUGUGAUUGUUUAGGAGAAUGAAGAUUGUGUCGGGAAAGAAAGAUGAGUUAUUUUUAUUUUAGGCAAGAUAUAAUUCAAUUGAGAAAGUUAGCCUGAAAAAAGCAAUUUAAGUGCUACUUAAAGAAAAUUCAAGGGUAUCAAAUGGAAGGAUAGAAUUAUUUCGUUCCCAUGUGGAUGAUUAUUUGCGUAAGAGUUCUACUUCUUUCCAAAGACAUAUAUAUUCGUGAGAUAUUUUGAUAAUAACGGUAAAUAGUAACUGCAAUGUUACCUGAUGUGACUUUUUGUAUUGUAAAGACAAUAAUUUUAUUCGGAGCGUCGCGUCGUACACAAAUCAUAAGAGAAAGAAAAGGUAGACACAUCGACAUAAAGGUACAUAGCAUUAAAUCUUUGACUUUAUAGAACGGACAAAUUAGUAAAAAGUGAAGAAAAGAAAAAUUAGAAAGAAACAAUUAGUUUAAUCCCGUGUCACAGACCAAGCGUUAGACUUGUGAGAAUGAGAGAGCAAGAGAAAGACACAUACACGCAAAGAUACACACGGUUUGUGUAGAUUUCACAUAUCCAAACUUUGCUCGCGAUCAUACAUACAAAUGAGAAUUUUAUUUUCACAUCAGAAUAGAAGAAUUAGAAGUACGGGUGUAAGGCACAUCGAUGCUUGCUUCCUUAAUUUUAUACAAUCAGUAUCUAAAUCUUAUACAGUUAAACGUCACUCAAAAAGUAAAAACUUCUAUAGAAUAAAAAUUGAACUUGUGCAAUUUACGAGUAAUUUUUUGCUCUACGAGAUUUAUAGAAUAAAUAACUUAUAUUUUUAGCAUUUUUUAAGACUUGUGUAAUACAUUAAAAUUUAUUAUCUGAAUGGAAUAAAAUUUUAAAAAAUAUUGUUUAAAAAAAAUGCUCAAGUAACAAAAUAGGAAUAUGCGAUAAUAUUCUGCUAAUCAGCUGUUGCAUCUUAUUUGCAGUGUCAUAUACCCGUACUCUUUCUAGCAAUCUUUAAAAAAUUUUUUCUGUGCAGACAUGUACACCUAUAAGUGCUAGGACAAUUAAUCAGCGAUAAAAUGUACCUGUACACCGACCAUAUUGAUGGUUUGCCUCUACAUACGGAUGUUUAGGUUUCAAAAUUUUUUUAUUUUUCCGUAUCUGAAACUUCGAAAUUAACAUAGCAAAUGUAAUGAGACAGUAAUGACGACAGUUUAUUCCUUCAUCUGUCCUUCGGAUCUAUUCAGAUUUCGGAUCUGAAUUAAUUGCUCUUUAAAAGUAUCACUUUAAUACACAUCAUCUUUGACGUUCUUCAGUUGUUACUUUAAAUGUAAAUAAAAUUUAUAAAAUUAGAAACACUGGUCACAUCAAAUUGGAACAUCUAUUCGAUAAGAUAUUAAAAAUUUUACUCUUUUUUCGGGAUUUUCUGAAAUACGUUAAGAUUUUUAAAAUGCAAAUGAUUGUUUAAUUCUUGAUUAUAUAUGCAUUUUACUCUAUUAUAUUAAAAAAUUAUCGAAGAAACUUUUCCUUAUGAAAUCAAUUAUUUAUUUUAGGAUACAAGGAUCUCAGUAUCAAAAUGAAAAUCCAUAUUUUUGGUAUUCUAAUAUCACAUUGGUUUAAAGAAAAACGUCGCUUAUAUUUCAAUACGGAUAAGGAUCCAAGGGAUAGAAGAUCGAAUACAUGCACAUAUGGCUUACCAUUAUUUUCGAUCAAGAAGAUGAAGAUGAUUAACAACUUAUAUGCGUUAUUCGCAUAUAACAGAGAUAUAAAAAAUAUUUUGAGAGGCAAAUUCGUGAAUUACGUAAAAUGAAUAAAAGAGAAAUAUAUAUAUAUAUAUACAUAUAUACAUAUAUAUAUAUAAAUAUAUUUAAUAAAAUUUCUUGACAUAUAUAUAUAUAUUGUAAAUUCGAAGAGGUAUUCAUUAAUCUAAAAUAGAAUGGAUUCCGAUAAUUUUGUUAAUUAGCCGGUGUUGAAGAUACGAAUUGCCGAUAUAUCAGUAGUUAGUAACCAAAGCCGUAGCGAUAAAUAUAUAACGCAAUGAAUGAUUAAAAUUAUUCUUACAACUGGAAAUUAGGGAAGCGAUUAAAAAAAGAGAUAUAACGUGUUACAUCGUACAGAGAUUUUAGAAAUAAGGACCUUCUGCUGUAUAAAAUUCUCACUAAGUGUUACUCCGUUACAACAUUUAACGCUCGCGUAAUUAUUUAUUUAAAGAGUAAUGCGCUUUUCUCCAAAAUUUAUCAAAGCACAGAUAGCGGAAAUUGAACGAUGAAAGACAAUUUCUAGUUACACUGUCAGAGACUUAUUGUAAAAGAAAUAAACGUUAAUUUAUUCUUUAUAGUCAAAAGCUGCGUAUUAACGAGAAGUAUUAACGGAAGAAGAGUAUAGGAGUUUCUUAUAAAUAUUAAUUAGAAUUAUACUAGUGUGACUAAGUCUUGUAAUUAUGAAAGCUGUAUAUAAUGUGUAUAACGUAUAUAUGUUACACUUGCGUUCGCCGAACCCUUAUUUUAGUCAUUUUUUAUAUAAAUGCAACAUUGUAAGAAUAAUUUAUAGUUAUAAACAUAUUUAUAUAUAAUUUACCUGUAUCUAUAAAAGCAACUAGCCAAACUUCUGUAAAUAGACCGUCUCGUAAUAAAAUCUGUCUAAGGAAAAAAA